CAGCGGCAGCCCCGCCUCGCGACGCGGACCGCUGGCUGGUUCACCUCCAACGCAACCCACAUCUGGCUGUCACAUUCAUCGCUGCGGCUCCGUCCGGUACCGCGGCAUGCUCACACUCACACCAGGACAUACGAAGUGGAUUUUAAGCAGAGGGGCACAAUGUCCGAGGUGCGAAAAUUCACAAAGAGGUUAAGCAAACCCGGGACGGCCGCGGAAGUCAGGCAGAGCGUGUCGGAGGCUGUGAGGAGCUCCGUGGACCUUGUGGAGCAGCCAAAGAUUAUCGAACCGCUGGACUAUGAAGCCGUGGUGUUUCAAAGAAAGGCCCAGAUCCACAGCGACCCCCACCGGGACCUGCUGCUCUGCCCCGUUGAUGAUGUCUCGGAGUCCCAGAUCUCCCGGCAAAGGAGGACUGUUGUUCCCUCAGUGCCUCAGAACGCUGAGCGGGAGGCCAGGAGUCUGUUUGCCAAAGAGUGCAUCAAGAUGUACAACACCGACUGGCAUGUAAUCAACUACAAGUAUGAGGCUUACUCUGGUGACUUCCGCAUGUUGCCUAGCAAAGGCCUGAAGACAGACAAGCUGCCAGCUCAUGUGUUCGAGAUAGACGAAGACGCCAAAGAUGAGGACUCAUCAUCGCUGUGCUCCCAGAGGGGAGGCAUCAUGAAGCAGGGCUGGCUUCAGAAAGCCAACAUCAACAGCAGCCUGUCUGUCUCCAUGAGGGUGUUCAAAAGGAGGUACUUCUACUUGUCACAGCUCCCAGACGGCUCCUACAUCCUCAACUCCUACAAGGAUGAGAAGAACUGCAAGGAAACCAAAGGAUCCAUCUACCUGGACUCCUGCAUAGAUGUUAUUCAGAGCCCUAAGAUGCGACGUAAUGGCUUCGAGCUGAAGAUGCAAGAACGCUACAGCCAUUUCCUGGCUGCAGACAGUGAAGCAGAGAUGGAGGAGUGGGUGGUCACACUGAGACAGGCUUUGCAGAGCAGCACUGAGGCCAGCCAGGACAGGAGGAAUGGUGCAGAGACACUGGACUGUGCCCUGGAUGACGACACUUCCAGCCAAGGUAAAGGUGAGAGCCUGCUGGAGAGCCUGGGGAGGAGUUUACACCCUGAACUCAUGAAGUACGCCCGAGAGACUGACCAGCUCAAUAAGAUCAACAGGAAUGAAGGCAGACAAAAGCUUUUCUCUCUGGAUCCUGAGACACAGAGGCUGGACUUCUCAGGCAUCGAGCCAGACGUGAAGCCAUUUGAGGAGCGCUUUGGCCGUCGUAUCGUGGUCAGCUGCCACGACCUGACCUUCAGUCUCCAGGGCUGCGUUAGUGAGAAGGGCGAUGGCGUCCUCACCAAUGUGGAACCAUUCUUCAUCAGCCUCGCUCUCUUCGACGUCUCCAAGAGCUGCAAAAUCUCGGCCGACUUCCACGUCGACCUCAACCCGCCCUGCGUCAGGGAGAUGCUGGCUGACGCCUCGGGCCAGAUCUCUCCUUCAUCCGACUCAGAGGGUGGGGGAGGAGGAGUCAGAGAGGGUGGAGGGGGAGGUGGAGUCAUGGUGAACGGAGACUCAGCGAAAGGGAAUGGCCUGCCUGUCCUUCAGAGGGUGUCGGAGGCUCUGCUGCGCUUCCCCACACAGGGUAUCUUCUCAGUGACUAACCCUCAUGCAGAUAUCUUCCUGGUGGCCCGUGUGGAGAAGGUGUUACAGAACGGCAUCACACACUGCGCAGAGCCUUACAUCAAGACCUCUGACAUCAACAAGACUGCUCAGAAAGUGCUCAAAGCUGCCAAGCAGACAUGCCAACGCUUGGGCCAGUACAGGAUGCCAUUCGCCUGGGCUGCCAAGCAGGUGUUCAAAGACGCUCAGGGCAGCCUGGACAUGGACGGGAAGUUUUCUCCUCUCUACCGCCAGGACAGCAGCAAAAUCUCCACUGAUGACAUCAUCAAGCUGCUGGCCGACAUCAGGAAGCCUGAGAAGAGCAAACUUCAGACCAUCCCUGGACAGCUGAAUGUCACCAUUGAGUGUGUCCCACCUGACUUCUCAAAUACGGUCACUUCCUCUUAUGUUCCUGUCAAGCCCUUCGAGGACAGCUGCGAGCGGGUGUCAGUGGAGGUCGAGGAGUUUCUCCCAGAGGAGGCCAAGUACAACUACCCCUUCACCACCUACAAGAACCAACUGUACGUGUACCCUCAGCAGCUCAAAUACGACAACCAGAAGACCUUCACCAAGGCAAGAAACAUCGCAGCUUGCAUCCAGUUCCGAGAUACAGAUGAAGAAGGUGCAGCCCCUUUAAAGUGCAUCUAUGGCAAGCCGGGAGACUCACUUUUCACCAGCAGCACCUACGCAGCCGUCCUGCACCAUAAUCAGAGCCCGGAGUUCUACGACGAGGUGAAGAUUGAGCUGCCAGUCCACGUUCAUGAAAAACACCACAUCCUUGUCACCUUUUACCAUAUCAGCUGUGAGUCCAGCAGCAAGGCCAGCAGCAAGAAGAGAGAGGGAGUCGAGUCACUGGUGGGCUACUCUUGGAUGCCUUUGCUAAAAGAUGGGAGAAUGCAGUCUGUAGAGCUCCAGCUACCUGUGGCAGCCAACUUGCCUCCUGGAUACUUGUGUCAGGACACGAGAAAGUCUCAGCCAGAUAUCAAAUGGGUGGAAAAUGCCAAGACGCUGUUCAAAGUGAGGACCCACGUGGCAUCAACAAUAUAUGCUCAGGACCUGCAUCUACACAAAUUCUUCCAGCACUGCCAGCUGAUGAGGACGACGUCAGAGGGCAACCCAGCAGAACUUAUCAAAUACCUGAAGUGCCUGCAUGCCAUGGAGACUCAUGUAAUCAUCAACUUCCUACCAACGGUGCUGAUGCAGCUGUUUGGGGUGCUCACAGCAGCAACCAAAGAAACCCAUGAGAUUGCUGUUAACUCUCUGCGUGUGAUCAUACAUAUAGUCUCCAGAUGUCAUGAGGAGGGCCUGGAACACUACCUGCGCUCUUUUGUUAAGUAUGUGUUUGUGACCAACAACCUUGCAUCAGGGAACUCAGCGACCACCCAUGAGGUGCUGGCCACUGCCGUAACAGCCACCCUCAAGCAAACUGCGGACUUUAACACCAGCAACAAACUGCUCAAGUACUCCUGGUUUUUUUUUGAAACCAUGGCCAAAUCCAUGGCCCAGUACCUGCAAGAAGGCAACCGCAUUAAGAUGCCCCGGGCCCAGCGCUUCCCCGACAGUUUCCACCAGGCACUCCAGUCGCUGGUGCUUUCCAUUAUGCCACACAUCACCAUCCGUCACAUGGAAAUCCUGGAGGAAGCUCGCUGCAUCAACCUGAGCCUGGCUAAUUUCAUCAAGAGGUGCCUGACCGUCAUGAACAGGGGCUUUGCUUUCGGCCUGGUCAACCACUACAUGUGUCAUUUCGGUCUCAAAGAUCCCAAGGUGCUGACUGAGAUGAAAUUUGAUUUCCUGAUGACAGUGUGUAACCACGAACACUUCAUCCCUCUUAAUCUGCCCAUGGCUUUUGGGCGCACCAAGCUGCAGCGGGUACAAGAUUUUAUUCCGUAUGCGACGGAGCUUUUUGGCCCUGUAGAGCAGAGUCUGGAGUUCAGCCUCACAGAAGACUACUGCCGAAACCACUUCCUGGUGGGCCUGUUGCUGAGAGAAGUGGCCGAGGCCUUGCAGCAAGGGCCCGAGGUCAGACAGCUGGCCGUGAGCGUUCUCAAGAACCUGCUUAUUAAACACGCCAUGGACGACCGCUACACAGCGUUCAAGAACCAACAGGCCAGGAUCUGCUUACUCUACCUGCCACUUUUUGAACUGCUCUACCAGAACUUGAAGCAGCUGUCUGCCCAGCCACACACCUCCAGCCCCGGGCUCGGCCUCAAUGGCUCCAGAGAUGACCUGAUAUCAACUGGCUCCACAGACAGCAGGAGAAUCAGCACUGCAAUCGAGAGAGACCACGGUCUGCCAGCUCAGAACGGCCAUGCUGUGAGGAGAGAGGACUCCAGAGGCUCUCUGUUUAUGGAACCAGGGACACCAGACAGCAUUGAGCUGCAGAGACGUGGCUCCACAAUGAGCAGCAGCACAAUGCCUCCCAUUGGCAGACUGGGACAGUACGAGAUCAAGGGCCUCCUGCUCUCCUUCCUGCACAUCGUCAAAACUUUGUCAGAAGACACUCUCAUGGCUUACUGGAACAAAGUUGGCCCUCAAGACAUCAUGAACUUUCUCAGUUUGCUAGAGAUCUGUGUGGGCCAGCUCCGAUACAUUGGAAAGAGAAACAUUGGCCGGAGUCAGGAGAUGUGUGCGUCAAAGCUAUUCUCCUCAGACAGGAAGUCUCAGACGAUGCCGGCUAUACGCUGCAACCGAGCCAGCCUCAUGCAGACUAAGAUGCACCAGUUCAGCACCAUGGAAGCCUCCCUCACUCUCAAUAUAGGGACGGGGCCAUCAGAAGCAGAAGUCCACCAUCAGGCUCUGCUGGAGGGCAACAUCUCCACAGAGGUCUGCCUGAGUGUCCUGGAUGUCCUCUCUCUUUUCACUCAGUGUUUCAAGACCCAGCUGCUGGACAGCGAUGGUCACAACCCCCUGAUGAAGAAGGUGUUUGAUGUCUACCUGACCUUCCUUAAAGUCGGCCAAUCAGAAGCCGCCCUCAGACACGUGUUCGCCGCGCUUAGAGCUUUCAUUAACAAGUUCCCGUCGGUGCUGUUUAAAGGCCGUGUGACGCUGUGUGAAGCUCUGUGCUGCGAGGUGCUCAAGUGCUGCGUCUCCAAGCUGGCGUGUCUGAGGGCCGAGGUGUCAGCUCUGCUCUACCUGCUGAUGAGGAACAACUACGAGUACACCAAGAGAAAGACAUUCCUACGCACGCACCUGCAGAUCAUCAUUGCUGUAAGCCAGCUGAUCUCCGACGUGGCACUGACCGGCAGUUCGCGCUUCCAGGAGUCUCUCUCCAUCAUCAACAACUUUGCAAAUAGUGACAAGGCCAUGAAGUCCACAGCAUUCCCCUCUGAAGUGAAGGGCCUGACUAAGCGGAUCCGCACAGUGCUGAUGGCCACGGCCCAGAUGAGGGAGCAUGAGAAAGACCCGGAGAUGCUGCUGGACCUCCAGUACAGCCUGGCCCGGUCCUAUGCCAGUACCCCUGAACUGAGACGGACCUGGCUGGACAGCAUGGCCCGAGCGCACCUCAAGAAUGGAGAUCUCUCUGAGGCUGCCAUGUGUUAUGUUCAUGUGGCUGCGCUGGUUGCAGAAUACCUGCACAGGAAAAAGUUGUUCCCCAGCGGCCUUGCAGCUUUUAAGAAGAUUACCUUGAAUAUUGAAGAGGAAGCUGCCAUGAGGGAAGACACCGGAAUGCAGGACAUCUAUUACACUGAGGAAGUCCUGGUGGAACACCUAGAGGUCUGUGUGGAGGCCCUGUGGAAAGCCGAACGAUAUGAGCUCAUCACGCACAUUGCCAAACUCAUCAUCCCCAUCUAUGAGAAGCGUCAUGAGUACGAGAAACUAAGCCGACUGUACGACACUCUGCACAGAGCCUACAAUAAGAUAAUGGAGGUGAUACAGUCAGGCCGCAGGCUGCUCGGGACAUACUUCAGAGUGGCUUUUUACGGACAGGGCUUCUUUGAGGAAGAGGACGGGAAGGAAUACAUUUACAAAGAGCCCAAACUCACUGGCCUCUCCGAAAUCUCUCAGCGGCUGCUGACGCUCUACGGGGAAAAGUUUGGGGCAGAAAACGUCAAAAUAAUUCAGGACUCAAACAAGGUAAACACGAAAGACCUGGAUGCCAAGUUCGCCUACAUCCAGGUGACGUUCGUCAAGCCAUACUUUGAGGAGAAGGAGGCGCCAGAGAAGAAGACUGACUUUGAGAAGUGCCACAACAUCAACCGCUUUGUGUUCGAGACACCCUACACGCUGUCAGGCAAAAAGCAUGGCGGGGUGGAGGAGCAGUGCAAGAGGAGGAGCGUGCUCACAACUGCCAACACCUUUCCCUAUGUGAAGAAGCGCGUAGAGGUGGUGGGGGAGAAGCAGGUGGAGCUAAAGCCGGUAGACGUGGCCAUAGAUGAGAUGAAGGCGCGAACAGCAGAGCUGACCAAACUCUGCUCCAGCCAGGAGGUGGACAUGAUCCAGCUGCAGCUCAAACUGCAGGGCUGCGUCUCUGUGCAGGUGAAUGCAGGUCCCAUGGCGUAUGCCAGAGCAUUCUUGGAUGACAGUAAAUCCAACCAGUCUGGCAACAAGAAAGUCAAAGAACUGAAGGACAUUUUUAGGCGUUUUGUCCAGGCUUGCAGUAUAGCUCUGGACAUAAACGAGCGUCUGAUCAAAGAGGACCAGUUUGAGUACCAUGAGGGACUGAAGGCCAACUUUAAGGAAAUGGUAAAGGAGCUAUCUGACAUCAUCCACGAGCAGAUCUACCAGGAAGAUAUGAUGCGCUCACUGAUACAAAACUCCCUCCACGUGUUUCGUGCCAUCAGCGGGACGUCCAGCAACCUGGGCUGACCUCUCCCUCCUCCACCACCACCUGCCCUUACAUAUAUCCUCCAACUUCGCCCUCAUGGACCUGAACUGAUAAUAAGAGGGCGGCUCUUAGUUUCAUGUCUGCCCAGCUGCGCAUCUCAAAACACCCCUUGCUGAAGCUGCCAUUUGGCUAUCUUUGGGCAAGAAUGAGAUUGCAGCAGGCUGGUGGAUGUAAUAUUAAAACCACAGCAGCAGUAUUUCAGAGAAUGUAUCACAGCAACACCGACUAAAUGUCAGCAUGUCAGGUUUAGGUGUUAUGCUGAGUCUUGCUAGGUUGCACUUUUUUUCUGCCUUUGCAAUGAACUGCAGGAUUGACUGUUGUCUCUUUUGAUGGAGAUACUGUACUUAAGCAAUUAUUUUCCCGUCCUCUCUCUGCAACGUCGCCCUUCAGAUCUAUGCAGGACACCACUCUCCUUUCAGAGUUCAUUUUUACUACUUGAGUUGAUUCUUAGAAGACAAUAGCAGUGUUUUGUUUGGCCUGACUGUCAUGUCAGACCAGCAGGGUGAGCAAUAUAUCCCAACUCAACCGGUUCUGUUGGAUAAGGUACCCAAAGUAAAAGCAGUGAAAUUCAAGAUGAGCCAAGUGUUUAUAGGCUAGCAGUGCGUUCCAGCAACAUUACCAGUUUGUGAUUAAGAGAUAACCAGCAGUCUCAAGAGCAGCAGCUGAUAAUGAGUGUCAGGCCAAAGUAACUGCUCUGUUUGUGUCUUGACAAAUGCCUUCUCAAUGUGUUCCAAAGUGAAAGCAAAGACAGACCUCAGGGUUCUAUUAAAAGCUGUGUGAUUAAGCUGCUCUUAGAAAGGCUUUGCCUAGUGUAAAAGUAGCUCAGUUGUAUUGUAAAUUAAAAAAUCAUUUGGUGAUCAUCUUCUAGACUGUAUCAGAGGUAAUCAAUAAUGUUAUACCAGAAAAGAUUAUGAUAGCAAAUUCUAUCAGAGCUGUUGAACAAUCAUUGAAUCAGUAUUCUCCGUGGGCUCAUUUUAUGGCCUGUGGACAUUUGUAGUCAGAAACAGGACACACUCAUCACAGCUGUGUGAUUAUAUUUCCUUCAGUACAGUAUGAAGAGAGUUCCUCACAUCUGGGUUAAGAUCCAGUGCCUUGUGCUUUGCCUUCUGAACAGAAUCCCUUAUCUCAAGUAAUAAGACCUUCAUCACAUGCUGGUUAUUUACAGUAUUUCACAAGUGCUACACUGUAAUUAGCAGAUAGAUGAAUAAUAUUUAAGCAACUGUACAUAAUUUGUUGCCAUGCUGUAAAGUGAAUUCUGUAUGUUUGUAUGUAUGUAUUUAUAUAUGUAACAUUUUGGACUCUUGUUCAGUCCAAAUCUGUCCUAGCAGAGAGAUUUUUUUUUUUUUUUCAUUUUUAUUGCAUUGUGUACUGAAGUGCAGCUGCUUGUCAAACUUACUUUGUAAAGCCAUUUUCCAAUAAAACGUGGAAAAACU